CGUAAAGAUGGCGGGACCAGCUAUGAAUGCUGCUUGUCUUACAUACGAGGGCAUUAACGUUGAAGUUGAGACAUUUCCAAGGACAAAAGACGACGUGUGGCUACUGGGAAAACAUUACAACCUUGAUGAAGGAGAUUUGCAUUACCUUAAUAAUGAUAUAAGGACCAGGUUGUGGUUUACAUAUAGGAAGAACUUUCCCAAUAUAGGUGGAACAGGCCCCACAACAGAUUCAGGAUGGGGGUGUAUGUUACGAUGUGGUCAAAUGAUGUUGGCACAGGCAUUAAUAUGUAGACAUUUAGGACGAGAUUGGAGGUGGGAUCCAGAUGUGCCUCGUGAACAAAGAUAUACCCAGAUAUUACAAGCAUUCUUAGACAAAAAAGAUAGUUUAUAUUCCUUGCAUCAAAUAGCUCAAAUGGGAGUAUCAGAAGGAAAGCCAGUUGGCAGCUGGUUUGGACCUAACACUGUAGUGCAAGUCAUUAAGAAGCUGUCAGCAUUUGAUGACUGGAGUGGGCUGUCAGUACAUGUUGCUAUGGACAACACCAUCAUCAUUGAAGACAUAAAAAAACUCUGUAAGCAAGGACAACCACGCAAGUCCUGUGGUCAGUCUACAUGCUAUGACUGUACAGAUGCACACCGUGUAGAAGAGUCUUUACGGAGGAGAGGGUUAAAAAGCCCAGCAAGUAAAGCCAAUCAAGUUAAAACACACACUUGUAAAUCUUCCUGGAGACCUUUAGUUUUAUUUCUACCUCUAAGGCUUGGGCUUUCUGAAAUGAACCCUGUUUACAGUGAACCAUUUAAGGCUUGUUUCACCUUUAGACAGUCUCUUGGGGUUAUUGGUGGCAAACCUAAUCAUGCUACAUAUUUUAUAGGAUAUUAUGGAAAUAAUUUGUUGUAUUUAGACCCACAUUCUACUCAACCAACAAUAAAUCCACAAGAAAUGACUAACAUCCCUGAUGGUACAUAUCAUUGCGUGUACCCAUGUAGGAUGUCUCUCACUGAAGUAGACCCAUCUGUUGCUAUGGGCUUUUUUUGUAAAAGUGAAGAAGACUUUGAUGAUUUAUGUCAACAGUUCAAAAAGCAUAUUAUAGAAGGCAAAAGACGUCCAAUGUUUGAAUUAGCUGCAAAAAGACCUCCACAUUGGCCCGUCCUUGAGCUGCCAUCUCACCAAACAGAUGAACUAAACAGUAGUUGUCAAUCAGAUUUCACAGAGCUGUCCUAUGAAGAAGAAGAGGAAAGGGAGUAUGACACAGAAGGAGAAUAUGAAAUAAUAUAAAGAACUAAAAAUGCUUGCACAUUUUAUUGGUUUUAUAAUUUACAGUGGUAAAAUUUAGAGUAGAACAUACCACUUUUGAAUAUUGAAAAUCACAGUUGAAUUUAUUUUCUGCAGCAACAAAAAAUAAUUCAAGAAUUUUAAACGUUAGGGAGGGAGGAAUUGCACCAAUGGUAUUAUGAACAAAAGAACACUUUGGGAUUCCUGUGGAAAUUGGCAACAGGAAAAACAAAAACAAAAACAAACAAACGGGAAAGUGGAGCAUCUUGUCGAGAUAUUUCUCUUCCGGCCAAGGAGCCCAAUGCGAAAUACUUCAAUUGAGAUUUAUAAUUGAUAUAGAUUUUUGUAAGAUGUAAAUAAUGAAUUGAAAUUUAUGGAGAAAUUAAAAGUCAUCCUAAAUUACCAA